AUGGAAAACGACAACAAGGCCCACGAGGAGCCCGAGCAGGAAUGGCCCUACCUCGACGUCCACCGACAUCUUCGAUACUGGAAGAUGUGCAUCCGAGCUCCCUUGCCUCACGUCUACCUCUCCAAUGAAUCCAAUCGCCUGGCUCUGGCUUAUUUCAUCGUCAACUCAGUCACCCUCCUGACCCCGCCUCCAUCAAAAAGAACGCCCGAGACCCCGGAACCUCUCAUCAGCCGCGAGGACAAGCGGGCCAUGAGAAAAUGGGUUCUUCACCACCAACAUCCCACCGGCGGCUUCUGCGGCACAUCCUCGCUUGUUUUCCCGCUUAACAGCUACGACACAUAUAACUUUGACACCAAAACUUUGGAUGAGCCAGAUCAUGCCGGCUUGGCCAACAUCACCUCCACAUUGUUCGCUCUGCAACUGCUGGCCCUUUUGGCGGAUGAGGAGGAUGAGGCAGCAGGGGAAAACGUAUUUGAGGGCGUGAACCGGGUGGGGACGCUGCGUUUCCUAAAGAGUCUCCAGCGCGAAGAUGGAAGUUUUGGAGAGGCGCUCAGUGAUUUGCCGGGUCACGGGCGGUUUAUCGCUGGCGGCUAUGAUAUGCGCUACUGCUAUAUUGCUACGGCCAUCAGGUGGAUCUUGCGAGGGGAUGUGAAGGAGGGAAGCCCAGGGUGGGUGGAGGAUUUCGACACGGAGGCGUUGGCGAGGUAUAUCUUGAAUAGUCAGACAUACGACCGCGGUUUCGCCGGUAAUUCCCAAGACGAAGCCCACGCCGGCUACGCCUACUGCGCCAUAGCAGCCCUCACCCUCCUCGACCGCCCUCUCACAUCCACUUCUUCUUCUUCUUCUUCUUCUUCUUCUGUACCACACAAAUCCCCCCUCCUCCACUCCUCCAUCCGUGACCUCCCCGGCCUCAUCCACUGGCUCGCCUCUCGCCCCUUUGUCUACCUCGAACCGCCUCCCCCCUCUGCGGACCAGGACCCAGACACCUACAUCUACCAAGAAGACGACCUCGACGACCCCAAUUUCUUGUUACCUCCAACCCCCUCCGACCUCCUCUGCCUCCUGUCCCAAACCGCCGAAAAGAAAGGCCACGACAAGACCCACGUAGCCUUCAACGGCCGCACCAACAAGGUAGCAGACACGUGCUAUUUUUGGUGGGUAGGCGGCGCCCUCGCCAAUUUGGGGAGGUUGGACUCUUUGGUAGACAGAGAAGCCGCCAGACGGUUUCUGCUGGAGAAGAUGCAGCACCGGAUCGGCGGGUUCGGGAAAUCCCCGGGGAGUCCGCCGGAUCUAUAUCAUAGUUUUUUUGGGCUGGCGAUUUUGGGGCUGUUGGGGGAUGAGCGGGAAGGGGGGAAGGUGAGGGGUUUCGAUGCCGGCUUGGCGGUGCCGAGGGAGACGGUGGGGGUCAUUGAGCGGGCGAGGAGGAAACUGAUUGAGAGCGAGAAGGGUGGGAAGGGUGUUGUUGAUGGGGGGAAGGAGUUGGACGCGGUUGAGAUGGGGUUGGAGUUGAGGGGCGGUGGGGAGAGACCCAAGUGGCUGGGAGCGUGUGGGUAUUGAUUGACGUUGGUAGAUGGGUGAUGAUGGUUGGAGUUUGAACUUUUCGUGGAAAUAACAAAACAACGUACCAAUAGCGAAUGAAUACCUGGUUGGAAUGGGCUUUCACUUGUCAAAACAUGUACAUACGUACAUAUCUCUGAGCGAUUUGGCGUGCCAUCUAUGAUGAAAGGUAAAUAAUGAAGACAAUUCGGG